AUGCCGCACUCAUCGCCCGCCACACCUCCACAGCCCGAACAAUACAUCGUUCGGCCGACGGCUCACUGUCCCAACAACUUCUUACCUGUGCUGGUGUAUCGAGGUGUGUUGCCGGAGCCACACAAUGAGGAGACGACAUCCACUUAUCUCCAGCGAUACGGGUGGGUAAAGAAGGGCACUUGGGGAACCAUCACGACCAAACAUUUUCACCCCAACACCCACGAAUGCUACGGUAUCUUCCAGGGCGACUCUGAGCUCGUCUUUGGUGAAGGCGGGGGCGACACGAGCGGGACUGGGGCCAGGUGUUUUGUUCGUGCAGGGGACGUCGUCGUUGUCCCCGCCGGCGUAGCCCACGCUUCGGUUACUCAGGAGAGGAAAUUGGAGGAGGGGGGAGACGGUGGAGAGAGAUAUCGGUACAUUGGCGUCUAUCCUGAAGGCGCACCCAAAUGGCGGAACGAGUAUGGUAAGAAACCACUGGUCGACAAUCGCGAGCUAGCCGAGGAAGUAUCUUAUGUGCCUGUUCCGGACAAGGAUCCUAUCAGCGGGCUUGGGGGCCCAUUGGUACAGAUCUGGACCGGUAUCGGGCUUCGUAAUACCUAG